AUGGACGUGCCUUGCUCCUCUCUGUCCACCCAGCCCGUCCUCCUCCCUGUCACCUUCCCUGACUAUCCUGGUCCCCCACUGAGUCCUGCCCUUGUGGACUCAGGUGCUGCAGGCAAUUUCCUAGACCAGUCAGUGGCCUUAUUGUUACGCAUUCCUCUAGUCCCUUCACAACCCCCUAUCCCAGUCCAUGCCCUAGACAACCGUUCCCUAGGAACAGGACUGGUGCGCCAGACCACGAUUCCCAUUUCCCUCACAGUUAAUCACAACCACCAUGAACGCAUCACUUUUCUCAUCUUAGUCUCUCCUGCACACCCACGUAGUUUUAGGUUUCCUUUGGCUACAGUUGCAUAACCCCAGUAUAUCGUGGACAGAUAGGAGGUUGUUGGGUUGGUCGCAGGGGAGGUGUCUCUCAGUGUCAAUCUGUGCCACCUCCGUGA